UGCUGGCGAGUCAGUAGUGAUCCAGCAGGCAUAGGAGGAAGGUUACAUCCGUCACGGAGCUGUACUUGUGUUCAAAAUGAAGUCUUUUGUGGAAGUUAGUCCUGACAGUCACUUCCCCAUUCAGAACCUUCCUUAUGGUGUGUUCUCCACAACUGAUAAUGAAACUCGUCGUCUUGGUGUGGCUAUUGGCGACCUCAUACUGGAUCUGUCCGUCAUCGCACAUCUGUUCACGGGACCGCUACUCAAGAACCAGCAGCAGGUGUUCAAGGAGCCCACCUUGAACAGUUUCAUGGCUCUGAGUCCUGCUGUCUGGAACGAGGCUCGCACCACCAUCCAGACGCUGCUGGCCCACGACCAGUCCACGCUGCGGGAUGACUGUCAGCUGAGAGCCAAGGCUCUGGUGCCCCAGGCUGGGGCAGUGAUGCACCUUCCAGCUCACAUUGGUGACUACACUGACUUUUACUCCUCGCUGGAUCAUGCCACCAAUGUGGGGACCAUGUUCAGAGGGAAGGAGAAUGCACUCAUGCCAAACUGGAAAUACCUGCCAGUUGGCUACCAUGGCCGAGCCUCCAGUGUGGUGGUGUCUGGCACUCCUAUUCACCGGCCAAAUGGUCAGACCAGACCCAAGGAUGAUGAACCACCUGUGUUUGGACCAUGUCGCCUGAUGGACUUUGAACUGGAGAUGGCAUUCUUUAUAGGGGGUGGUAACACACUGGGAACACCCAUCAAUGUGAAAGAUGCCCAUAAUCACAUCUUUGGUAUGGUGGUUAUGAAUGACUGGAGUGCUCGUGAUAUUCAGAAGUGGGAAUAUGUGCCACUGGGUCCCUUCCUGGCCAAGAACCUUGGCACCACCAUCUCCCCAUGGGUUGUGACCAUGGAUGCACUCAAGCCAUUCCUGGUGGACAACUACCCACAGGACCCCAAGCCAUUCCCCUACCUGGUCCAUGAUGAGAAGUACAAUUUCAACAUCAACCUGGAAGUUGGCAUCAAAAGUGCAGGAAGUAAGCAAGCAGGGACAGUAUGUCGUAGCAACUUCCGUUACAUGUACUGGACCAUGAAGCAGCAGCUUGCUCACCAUACUGUCACCGGAUGCAACAUGCGUCCUGGGGACCUUCUGGCAUCAGGCACCAUAUCGGGACCAACUGAGGACUCCUUUGGCUCAAUGCUGGAGUUGUCUUGGAGAGGCAGCAAGACAGUUGACAUUGGCAAUGGAGAGACACGGAAGUUCCUUCAAGAUGGUGAUGAAGUCGUGAUGACUGGUUACUGUCAGGGAGAGGGAUACAGGGUUGGCUUUGGGCCUUGCACUGGGAAGGUCCUCCCAGCUAACCCUGUCAAUUAAAGGGUCAGGUAAGUAUUGGUGGUGAUUUAACUUCUGAUAACCAAUUCAGUAACAAAAAGGGAACUACAACACCAAUUUCAUGAGCCCCUCUAGGAAUGAGGAAAUGGUUAAGUUCAUACAAAAAGCUGGCAUUACAGGUUCAAAGUACAUAUCAAAAUCAUUUCAAAACUGUGUACUGACAAACAUUUGCCACUCAUGUGUUGGCAUUCUCAACUUCACUUGUCCAACCUUUUUAUGUGGUGGUGCUCUCAAAUCCUUGGACCUGCUGUGCUUGCUUGUAGUCUUUAUAUGAAUACCCAUGAAACAGAAAGAUGCAUUAUUAGCAUAGGUAAGCAUAAAAAGUUUAUUUACUUGGCAAAUUGUCACUAAAAAUCAAGAAUCUCUUACAGAAAUCCAUCCUGUCUUUGUAGAUGUAACUGAUACUACUGACAGGUUACCAAUUGCAUUCCAUAAUUUCUGAAAAUGUUGUACAUUCAAUUAAUGUAUUAAUAAUAAACCUUUGAUAUAU